CGUUCAUUGACCUCUGACCUGGAUACCAUCACCCUGGAGGUUGGGAAAGUCCAAGUGCAGCUGGUAUUUGGUGACAUCACCAAUGAGAGAACUGAUGUAGUUGUGAACUCGACUGACUUUGUUGACCUACAGUCUGGUGUAUGCAAGGACAUUCUGACUAUAGCUGGACCUGAGGUGCAGACUGAACUAAGAUCAGCUCAUGUGACCAGAGGAGGGUUCUUUGAAUCCAAGCCUGGUCGAUUCUCCUGCAAGUCCAUUCUGCAUGUGAACGGAGAGAAGGAUGCCACCGUGAUCCAAUGUCUGGUCUGUUACAUCAUGAAGACGUGUGAACAGAAAGGACACCAGUCUGUGGCCAUUCCUGCUAUCUGUGCAGGCAAGGAGGGUCUGGACCCAAAGGUGGUGGCCGACACCAUUCUCUGUGGCAUCAAAGCAACAGUGUUGUCCAGUCCUCUCCACCACCUCACACUGGUUCGCUUUGUCUUCAUCAAGAUCAAUGUUUUCCUGGCAUUCAAACAUUCUGCUGAAAAGCUCUUUCCCCCUGCAAAUCCCUCAACAGCUCGCCCAUAUCAGUCCUCCAUUAGCCCAAUAUCUCAUCAGGCCCCUCCUCCAACCUCCACAGGCCCAGACCUAAGCAGCCUUCUGCCCACAAGCCGCUACCCACAGUCCCCAUCUGAGUUCCUUGUGCUGGGCCUGUGUGAAAAGGGUGUGUCCAAGGCAGGUGCAGAGAUCAAGAAGGUGUACCAGGACCAGUGCAGCCUACAUGGCUUCAGAAGGGAAGAGCUAGCUGGGCUUACUCUAGCCGAGGUAGGCGAGCUGAACAGGCAGGUGUUAUCUCUGAACCUGACCAUGGAGCUUUACUGUGGGGGUGAAGACCCAGGUCAGUCUACCCAGGGAGGGUUCACCCUGUAUGGGCCAAAGGAUGGAGUUAACAAGGUAGUGCAGCUUGUCCAGUGGUGUUGUCUGCGCCGGGAGAGGAGGGAAAGGGAGCAGGAGGAGAUGUACUCCUACGUAACCUGGUGCAUGAUGGGUCCCAGGGGUGAUUGGGAGAGGGUCCCAAAGGAGGCCAACCUCCAGCUGGAGAGGCAGGAGGUGCAGGGUGGAGUGGUGGAUGGGCUGGGGGGAAACUGGGUGGUGGAUUUGAGGAAGAUGGAGGCCACUGCCCAGGAUUCAAGUAGGUUGACUAGCCUGAAACGUCUGGAGAACAUUGAAGACUUCUGUCUCCCUCUGGAUUGGGACAGCAUGGCUCCGGGGGAGUCCUUGAAGCUGGUAAACCUGCCCACCUCCUCUGUAGAGUUCCGCAGGGUUAAAGAGGACUUCAGGAGGACCGCUUCCAACAGGACUGUGCUCAUGAUUAAACGCAUUCAGAAUGUACACCUGCGGCAGGCCUACGAGGUAAAAAGAAAACAGCUGGAGGAUAAGAAUGGGUCGGGUGAGAGGCUUCUGUACCAUGGUACUUCGCAUGAGGGAAGCCAGGCCAUCCUGGAGACUGGCUUUAACAGGAGCUUCGCUGGUCAGAACGGUGGGUAGAUUUAACCCUUCCACACACGCUAGGCAAGGCAAGCCUUUAAAUGAGGCUUGUAGUUUCUAGUACCAUACUGCAGUAGUUGCUAGGAAAGCUACUUCUGUGAUUAGUAGAGCUGU